AACGAAGUCAAAGACAGUCUCAGCUGGGACAAAUUCUCUCUCGCAUAUGCAAUCUACGCAGAUCUCGCACGUCAACCAUAACACCUCACCCAUGCGUUUCUCUAAUGUUCUCGCUCUCCUCUCCCUGGCGGUCCUGCCUGCCUUCGCCAGUCCAGUCGACCACAACCAGGAAUCCUCAGUCAGCAGGCGCUGCUGCAUCCUCUGCGACAACCCCUACGCCCGCUGCGGUGCGAACGACAAGCGCGAGGCGGUCGAGACGGAGGAGGAGGCGCUCUUCGGCCCCGUCGCCAAACGCUGCUGCAUCAACUGCGACGUCAACCGCUGCAAGCGCGACGAGGAGCCCGUGGCCUGGCCAGCGAAGCGCUGCUGCAUUCUGUGCGAUAACCCGUACGCGAGCUGUUUGACGAACGAUAAGCGGGAGGCGGUGGAGACUUUGGAGGAGGCUGUUGGGGGGGAGUAUUAGGGGUGUCCACAAGUUGGUGUAUUCUUUGUGACGAGAGACGUGGUGGCAUGAUUUACAGACUCCAAAUCGAUAUAUGCCGGGUGGUUGCGGAAUAAUUGAUGUCGGCAUGUCAGAUUCUAGGUUAGGGUAGUCGAA